AUGUUCGCCGCCAGACAAUUCCAACCAGUCCAACGCUUAUCUGCUGCUAGAUUCCCACAAGCCAUGCGCUCAUAUGCCACUUCUGACAAAUUCAGCGAAAAGGAGCAAGGCGAGGAGGCUGUCUACGUCAAGCAACAAGAGCAAGCAAAGCUUAAAGAGUUAAAGGCGAAGGCUGAGCAGCAACAGAAGGAUCUCUCAGACACUCAAAAUGAGAUCAACAAGGCAGAGAAAAAGUAA